UUGCAGGCGUUGUCUACUGUACCUGCUGACUCUUUGUUGGGGUUUGAUACUGAGAGGAGUGAAUGUGAUGGAGCUGCUACUGCGGCUUCUUAUGUUAUCUCUCCGCCUUCUAUUAUGGAAGGAGAAGGUGUUGUUAAACGGUUUGGGGAUAAAGUUCAUGUCUUGCCUAUGCAUUCAGAUUGGUUUGCACCAAACACAGUUGAUCGCCUUGAAAGGCAAGUGGUGCCACAGUAUUUCUCAGGAAAAUCGCCAAACCAUACACCAGAGAGUUAUAUACAGUUCAGGAACGCCCUUGUUUCGAAAUAUUUGGAUAACCCGGAGAAGACACUGACGAUUUCUGAUUGCCGAGGAUUGGUACAUGGUGUUGACGCUGAAGAUCUUGCAAGAGUUUUCCGUUUUCUUGAUCACUGGGGGAUAAUCAAUUACUGUGCCGCUCCCCAGUGUCAUCCUGGGCCUUCUAGGGGUGUAUCUGAUGUCAGGGAGGAUACAAAUGGUGAGGUCCAUGUUCCGUCUGCUGCUUUGACAUCUAUUGAUAGUUUGAUCAAGUUUGACAAGCCCAUCUGUAGACACAAGGCAGAUGAAUCCUUGCCAUGUUUGGAUGUUGACCUCCCUGAUUGGGACAUCAGGAUUCGUGAACACUUAUGUGAUAACCAUUGCUACCAUUGUUCUCGACCGCUUCCAACUGUGUACUUCCAAUCACAAAAGAAGGAGGAUGUACUCUUAUGCUCUAAUUGUUUUCACGAUGCAAGAUUUGUUGUUGGACAUUCUUGUAUUGACUUUGUAAGAGUGGAUACAAGCAAAGAUUUCAGGGACCAAGAUGGAGAGAAUUGGAGUGAUCAAGAAACUCUCUUGCUUCUUGAAGCUGUGGAGCUCUACAAUGAAAACUGGGUUCAGAUUGCGGACCAUGUCGGUUCCAAAUCAAAAGCUCAAUGCAUUCUUCAUUUUCUUCGGUUACCUGUGGAGGAUGGUCUUUUGGAUAAUGUUGAGCUUCCAGGUGUUACUGAUCCGGAAAACCCUACAAAUGGACAUGACCACAGAGGAACAGAUUCAAAUGGGGCUUUACCUGGAACUUCAGAGCAAGGUUCUGGCACUGAGAUCAAUCUUCCUUUUGUGAAGUCUCCGAAUCCGGUUAUGGCAUUGGUUGCAUUUUUGGCAUCAGCUGUUGGACCUAGAGUUGCUGCGUCCUGUGCCCACGAGUGCCUCACGGUUCUAUCUACGGAUGAUAGGUUGAAAUCUGAUGGCUUGCAAGGAAAAGAACCUAGCUUGCUUGAUAGAGCAAAUCAGCAGCUAGAUGAUAACUCGGGAGCACAGAAAACAUCCUGUCAAAACGGAGCAGAAGCACCGACUCCACUGCCACAGGACAAGGUCAUGGCUGCUUUUAGAGCCGGUCUAUCAGCUGCAUCAACAAAAGCAAAAUUGUUUGCUGAUCAUGAGGAACGCGAGAUUCAAAGGCUUUCUGCAAAUAUUGUAAAUCACCAGUUGAAGAGGAUGGAGCUGAAGCUAAAGCAGUUUGCAGAAAUAGAAACGUUGUUGAUGAAAGAAUGCGAACAAGUAGAGAAGACUCGUCAGAGAUUUGCCGCAGAACGAGCACGUAUGCUGUCAGCAAGAUUUGGAUCAACACCUGGAGGAAUCAAUCCACAGGCUAAUAAUAGUAAUAAUCUCCAAGGCAUGUCUCUAUCCACAGGUGGUGGUGGUAACAACAUCAAUACUCUCCUGCAGCAACAACUACAUCAGCAACAGCAAGUUUCAGCUGGCUCUUCUCAACCAAGCAUGAUCCCAGGGUUUAGCAACAACCCACAAGUUCAUGCCCAGAUGCAGUUCAUGGCACGCCAACAACAACAACAACAACAACAAGCGUUCUCCUUUGGGCCGAGAUUGCCUCUUAAUGCAAUACAGACGAAUGCAGGAUCAACGGCUUCACCGAAUGUCAUGUUUGGCAACAACCAAGUUAAUAACCCUGCAGGUGCAUCCAUCAACCAGCCUUCGUUUAGUCACCCGAUGGUUAGGUCUUCCACGGGUUCUGGAUCCGGGUCUGGCUUAGGCUUAAACUAAGACCCAUGUCUUUAGCUUAUGUAGCCUAUCAGAGUUUUCAAAAUUAUUUUGAGCCAAGUUAUUGCUUUGAGACCUUAGUGUUGUUAUAAGUUGAGUGUCUGCAUGUAGGUAUCAUUAACUUUCUGAAAUCGUCAUUGUGAAUCAAAAACAGUUACAAAAAUC